AAAUGGCCACGUUGAUUCUUCUACGCUAGUCUCGGCCAUCAACCUUUACGUCCUGCCUGCCCGUGCUCUACGGGUGCGAUCCUUCCUAGCUGUGGAAAAUCGACGUUGGAUCCUUGCUAGCUGUGGAAUAAUGUGCCGUAUUUUUUUAGUGUCUGUGAUGCGUUUGAGCCAACCAAGACAAAUGCGCCAUUGAUCGACAGCAUAAACAACCAGCGUGCGAAAUAGUAUCUGUUUAUCUAUAUGUUCUAAACGCUGCCAAGUGGACUUAUUGGUCCAUUGACGAAUAAACAAUUAUGAUUAUGUAUGCCUCGUAUAUUAUGUAUACCGGGCGGCUCGGUGGUGCAUAUGAUAAAUGGCGCCAGUCCACACGGCCGGACCGGGUUCCAAUCAAAUCCGGACCGUCCCCCGUAGGAAGGACUGACUAUCCGGCUACGUGGUAAAAUAAGUCUAGUAAGCCAGAAAUGGCCGGCGUGACCUGUAAGGUCGUUUAGCCAAGAAGAAGAAGAUUAUGUAUACUAAGAAAUGGCUCCAACACUUCCUGUGUGUAAAUGUUAUACUUAAAAAAAUAUCAGAAUCACCAACUGCACAGCCAUAGCGCUUGGAAAGAUAGCAUCGUUCGUAUCGGACAUACAGAGCGAUAAGUGAUAGUGCACACCAUAGUGCGAUAAUAUAUCGCGAUCUGCUAUGUUUGUUGGACAAUGGCACAUAUGCAUAGGUAUGGCAUAUUUGUCGUAUAACCAUCAUAAGUGGAUGACAAACGUUCAAAUUAUGCUACGAUUAUUUGUCCUUCUCGCAUUGAAGGAAACUUACACUGCAUCCGAAGGUGUACCGUGACUAAUGUGGACAGACUUCAUCUUCAUGCACACGGCAUGUCGAAAACAAUCGAGCAGCUAAUUCAUCUCGAACGUUACUUUACCUCCCGUGCGUGUACGAUGAGUGUAUUCCAUUGUCCAUAUGUGCCGAUAACAUCGGUCCUGGGCGAUGAGAUUGCUCGCACAACAACUUUUUCCACUUGCUGCAACCUGUCCCAAUGGCUGAGGUCCUAUUUGCGAUCUAAUCGAAUGCAGACCUACAGCGGUGUGGACAGACAUAUAAGAAUGUUCUCCCAAGUGGUACACCAUUUUCGUUCGGUAAACCUGCUGUUUCGUGCUUACUUGCUCCAACGCUACGCGUCACAUUAUUUAGCAGAAUGGUUCAAGAUCGGAAGGCACGAUGGUAUACCGUACUAAAAUCAAUGAAGCAGAAACAGUGGUCUCAAUUAUCCGUGAUUCUAGCGGUACUGUGCGUCUGUAUAACCGCCAUCGACAAAGUAGCGUGUAGUAACGGAACGGCCGGAAAGCUCACUGCCAUUCCUAUCCCCAGGAACAAUGCCCGAUCGACAACACGCGAACUGCUGGCCAAAGUCGUCAACGGGCAAUCAGCACAGAUGGGACAGUUUCCUUGGCAAGUUUCAAUUCGGGCAGCACUCGGUCGUUCAGUAACGGUCUGUGGGGGUUCCCUGAUUGAUGCCCAAUGGAUUCUAACAGCUGCCCACUGUGCCAACGAUUAUAACGUCUUCCAGAUUGGGCUGGGAUCGAUCCAUUUGAACAUGGCGCGGCUAACAAUGUCCACGGUCAGCAAGUUCGUGCAUCCUGAGUUCGAUCCGUGGAAGCUUACGAACGAUGUAGCUCUCAUCCGGUUACCAUCAUUAGUGCCUUACAGUUUAGAGAUCUAUCCGAUCAAGUUACCGAUACAUUUAUCACCGACAGAUUUGUACGUUGGCCGCCAGGUUACGGUAUCCGGAUUUGGACGAACAUCUGACGCUCUCCAAUCUAUAUCGACGAUACUAAAGUACGAGCGUAUGCGCAUCAUUUCAAAUGCUGAAUGUACGACCGUCUACGGUGCUUCUAUCAUACGUAACUCCACACUCUGUGCAGUGGGUUGGGAACGGUCAUAUCAAAACGUCUGUCAAGGAGACUCUGGCGGCCCGAUGGUAAUGCAACAGGACGACAGUAGCUGGGUACAGAUAGGCAUUGUAUCAUUCGUGUCCAGCCGGGGUUGUAGUACCGGCGAUCCAUCCGGAUACAUUCGUACCGUUAAUUAUCUAAGCUGGAUAGCAAAAACCACAGGCCUUCGUGCCUUUGCAUCUGUCGUGAGCUAGAUAGGAUUUUUUUCUCUGUUCAAUGCUCAAUCACCGCCACCAUCCUAGCAACACCACCGAUUCCUGCAAUAACGACUAUAAGAAGCACCCUACUCUAGCCCCUGUUUUGAUAUUGGUCUACAAGGCAAUGGUAGAACGUUUCACACUGAAAUGGAACUGAUCAGAAGUUUUAGUAUAUCAACCGACACUCGCUUUGCCACCGCCACUGAACGCACAUGGAGAGGAUCGAUAAAUAUAAUUCACCUAUUGUACGUUGGAACGCAAUUAAAUCAAUUACCACGCAAAGAAACAAUAUUUUUACGGCUGCAAAAAACCUGCGACCAGUUUAUCUGAACUUGGGAUUACUAGCAAAGCCCCUCCCCUUCUUGUCAGUCCAUCUUACAGGAAGGGACACUCGAGAAUCUUGCCAAAAGAGAUUAUACCAGUAUCAUAUGUCCGAAUCCUAUCGUGGUCAGAAUCUAAAGCAGGUCACAUUGGUCCACAAUCUAAUAUUCGAACUCUUGCAAUCAUGUUCAUUGCUACCUUCAGACACUGCUUCCGUUGUACGUUUGAUGUUGUCUAUAUUUUCCAUGAAGUCAAGUUAUUAUAAAAAAAACGACUAAACGUCGUCCUCCGGAUGUAGUAGCUUGAGCCCCGUAUGAGAUCUUCCAGAAGUGUGUUGAAAAUCAAACAGAAGAAUAACUUGUAGAUUAAAUUUAGGGACGUAUCUCUUUUCACUUUUGUUUGUCUUCCAUACAGUGGCGGAUUUUUCAGUGCUGGGGACCCUAAGCGGGAAAGCAAGCAAGGCUCUUACGAAAUCAUUGAAUAAAGAAAAUAGUUUUAUACACUAGCGAGCGCGGUGCCUUAGUUCGCUUACCGUUAAACUCGCCACUGCUUCCAUUUUCCUUCUAAACUAUUGGCCACAAGUUAACAGACCCUGUUUGCUGAAGGCUGAGAUCCGAACAGCUUCAUUUAGAUCAGAACAUUCAGAUUUUCAAUGAUUUCUUCAACGUUUCGUCUUGGAUUUGGUUUAGACUUGCUGCUUGAUUUGCAUGUCAUACGAAAAGGUGAUCCACCUCGCUAAGAUGUGGACUGUAUAUAACAACAAAAAUGGAAUAAAGUACCUUUUUAACAAUUAUGAUAUUAUACGAGCAACUGUGUCUUUAAAUUGGUUUAGAAUCUUGAUAUUUGCACAGACAACAAUUGAUACAAUUCUGCGUGACAUGAAUGUAUAGCUUUCGCAAAGAAUAACACAGCACUUUCGGAACUUAUUUCACGACAACAUAUUACUCAUCCGAUUUAGCAGAACACUGUCGUUACGCAGAACAUUGGCUAAACAUUGAUUGUUUCAUAAUCAUCAAUCAUUAAGCUACUUAGUCAUCCAAAUCUCUGCUAAAGGCGCCAUCUCCAAUCAUAACGAUCGAUCAUUGAUUGCAAUGGAUUUACGGUCACACCUUAAUUGUAAGCUAUUGCUUCACUCCAGCAGCUAAGCCUAUUAAUGAUGUCACAGUUUGAUAAAAAUGUAAAACGAAACUGCUCAUAAUAGUAGAGAUAUACAAUAAUUGUACUAUUGAUCCAGAAAAAAGAGGGCAGGGUGCUUUCGUCAAUCUUCUAGGAAGUAUCAAUUUCUAGUGAGUAACAAUUAAUACAUAAAUCCAAACUAUGUUCUGUUUCACGAUCAUCCUCUGUGCAAUAAACAGUGCGUACAAUGCGUUGAAUGAAAGUUAAAAAUGAAUGAAAAUGCAUUAGAUUGAGUUGGAAAGUGCAUUCGUGCCAAGACAUGUCUACCUAGCAAAUAUCGCAAGACUCAGGUGUUGUGCUGCUUUAUGAUUGAUCUCUUAUCAACAUCCUACACAUUCGACAGCGACAAUAUCGAAUUGUUACACAUUUGGGCGGAAACAUGAUUGAUAAAACGGAAUGGACCGUUAUAGACAGUUUUACCAAACACUUAUCACAUGAAAACCCCAAACCGAUCGACAACGAAACGCCAUCAAAUGCCAGUUCUGUAUAUAAGGCACCGUUUCCCGAUUGACCUCCAAACAGAGUGGUUCUGGUGCUUUGCUAGUUUGCCCAUUCCGAACAUACAACCGUCGUGCAGCAUGAAAGGAUACGUUGGAUUACUUCUUGCAGCUACGCUAUGUAGCGUGUCGGCUCUAGAAAUACAACCGGACCGCAGUCCUCGUAUUGUUAACGGACUUAAUGCUCCCAAUACACCCUUCAACGUCUAUGUGCUAUAUCUAAACUCAGGCAAC